AUGGCAUCGCUGCCGAUUCGGACUUACACAUUGGCUCCUUUCAGCGAGCUAAGGAUUGUCAGUCACGACUCACAUGAUGGCAUACCUGUGCUCCCUUCCGUCAAGCUGCUUAACACGCCGGCGGCUGCGGCGGACCUUCUACCGAAUAUGCGCGGUACUGCGGAAAUCUACGGCCGAGAACUUGCUCCUGAUGUAGAUCGCACGAUAGAGGAAGGCGAAAAACUCGCCGUGUUUACGUGGGUCGGGUGUUCCGUUCAGGUCAAAGGCAUGGUGGAACAGGAGUACGACGGCGAGGAUCACGCUAUGAAGGAGUAUCUUAAUGUUGCCAACGUGCUGAAUGCGGAGAGGGAAUUGGCCUCAGUGAAAAGGACCCAAGGACCAAGGGUUUUAAUCACCGGCGCGCCAUCUAGUGGCAAAUCAACUGUGGCGAUGCUAUUGUGCAACUAUGCACUGCGAGGUGGUUGGACACCCGUUUUUGUCGAGGCUGACCCGAGAGCAUCAACGGACAAACGUCAAAUACAAUUUUACCCAGGCACCAUCGGAGCCACGGUCGUCACGAACGCAGCGGAAAUGGAUUCUAAGAAUCCAUUGGUGUAUUUUUAUGGUUACUCCGGCGCGCAGGAGAACGAAAAACUCUAUCUUCAAAUUUCGAAAUCGAUGGGAGCCUCAUUGGACGCCAUGAUGGAGAACUCCUCCCAGACCCAACCCCAUAGCAGACGCUCAGACGAGGUCUCGGACAUGGGCAAAUACAUCGCAGCUUCAGGCAUGAUCAUCAACGCGCCGUAUUCGGCAAACCGCGACCUGAUCGUAAAACUCGCCGAAAUAUACUCGGUGUCGCUUAUACUCGUCAUAGACAGUCCUUCAGUGCGUCAGGACCUGGUCCGCACGUUCGCCGCCAUCAGGGAUGGUCAGCGCGCCGCCACUCCGCUUACAGGCGUUCGAGGGGACGUGGCCCCGGGAGCGUUGGGCAACCUUGCAUUCCAGGAAACACCAGAACAGAAGGCACAUACUCAGUCGGAUUUAAAUGAGACGCAAACUGCUUUCGAUGGUGCCGAUGCCUCCGAUGACAAGGCGACGAGGGAGGUGACGGUGCUGGCGAUAAACAAGCUGGAGGGCGUCGUGCCCGUCGACCUGGAGAGGGUCAAGUACCUCAACAGCAGGUGCUGGAAACGGUACUUUCAGCGUACAAAUGCAGGUGAAAUGCACGUGAUCCGGUUUCCGAUGGAAAACGUCAAACUCGUGGUAUUAGAGACUUCCGUCGCACUGUCCAAGGACGCGCUGCCUACGGACGACACGGGGUACAUGACGCGGAACGAAGUAUACGCGUCGAUGUGGAACGGAGAUCCGUUUUCACUAACGAACGGUGUACUUGGCAUACCUGCAGCUGACGAUGCCACGCUUAUACCCUACUGCAAUCUGCUCGGGUUCGUACUGGUGAGAAAAGUUGAGGAGAGGGCGCAGCAGCCUGACGCGGAAACGGAUGGUGAGCCGGCCCCACGCACCUACGUGAUGGAGGUGCUCUGCCCCGCUGUAUACUCACCUUCGUCUCUCCCUGCGUACCUUCUGGUCGCGGGGAACCAACGAGUUAUGAGGUGGCAGACCAUAUGA